GCCGCCGGCAGCAGGCUAGCCAUGGCGAUGGGCGGAGGCGGCGGCGGCGGACGGGAGCAGGCGGAGUCCGUGCUGUUCCGGCGCGGCACCGGCCAGAGUGAUGAUUCUGACAUAUGGGAUGAUACAGCAUUGAUAAAAGCUUACGAUAAAGCUGUGGCUUCAUUUAAGCUUGCUUUAAAGAAUGGUGAUAUUUCUGAAUCUUCAGAUAAACCAAAAAACACACCUAAAAGAAAACCUAAGAAGAAUAAAGGCCAGAAGAAGAAUGCUACAACUCCUUCGAAACAGUGGAAAGUUGGUGAUAAAUGUACUGCCGUUUGGUCCGAGGAUGGCUGCGUUUACCCAGCUACCAUCGCCUCCAUUGAUUUCAAGAGGGAGACCUGUGUUGUGGUUUACACUGGCUAUGGAAACAGAGAGGAACAGAAUCUGUCUGAUCUCCUAACCCCCACCUGUGACGUUGCACCCCCUGCAGAACAGAAUGCCACGGAGAAUGAAAAUGAAAGUCAAAUUUCAACAGAUGAAAGUGAGAACUCCUCCAGAUCUCCUGGAAAUAAACCCAAUCACAUCAAGUCAAAAGCUGCUCCAUGGAACGCGUUUCUUCCUCCACCACCCCCCAUGCCAGGGCCAGGGCCAGGGCUGGGGCCACGACCAGGACCAGGAAAGCCAGGUAUGAAGUUCAGUGGUCCCCCGCCACCUCCACUGCCACCACACUUCCUCUCCUGCUGGAUGCCUCCACUUCCUUCUGGACCACCACUAAUUCCCCCACCACCUCCCAUAUGUCCUGAGUCUUUUGAGGAUGCUGAGGCACUGGGCAGUAUGUUGAUCUCGUGGUAUAUGAGCGGCUAUCACACUGGUUACUAUAUGGGUUUCAAACAAAAUCAAAAAGAAGGAAGGUCUUCCCAUUUCAAUUAAAGAGAAGAGUUCUCCCCCAAGGAGGAUGGCAGCAAGGCGCACCUGGGUGAUGGGAGCAAGCAUGCCUCCUCUUCAGUGCACGAUCGUCUGCAUUCCUCUCAUUGUAUGUGACUCACGCUUAAGUGACCAGUCAGGUAUUUCCAGGGCAUAAUGUCUUGGAGUGACUGAACGGUGGAAAUGUGAAUUAUUCAGGAGCUCAGGGUCGCAUGUAGUGCAGAAGACUCCCAUCUGUCAAAAUCACGGUUGAGCACAUUUGUACAUUGUAACUUUGUUAGUACAUUGAGUUUUUUUUAAUACAUUUAAAAAAUAAAUGAUAAUUUUUUA